UUACUCAAAAUUUGAUAGAAGGCAGAAAAUUAGAACUUUUACUUACAUGUUUCAUAUCUAAGAAGCUGUCCAGCAUGGAGGUGGAAACAGAUGUGUUAGCUGUAGUUUCAUCUACUGUAGAUGUACAGUCAAAUGAAUUGACAGAGUUUUCAUCUUCUGAAGACAUAAAAGCAGAAUUAUCAACAUUUUUUAAUUUCCAGGAUGUUAAACCUGACAUAACAUUUAAAACCCCCAAAGAUGUAAAACCUGAUGUUACACCAGAAAUGUCUUCUUCUGAAGACAUAAAAGCAGGAUUGUCAACAUUGUUUUAUUUCCAGGAUAUUAAACCUGACAUAACAUUUAAAGCCCCCAAAGAUGUAAAACCUGAUGUUACACCAGAAUUUUCUUCUUCUGAUGACAUAAAACCAGAAUUAUCAUUGUUUAAUUUCCAGGAUAUGAAACCUAAUAAGUCAUUUAAUACUUCCCAAUAUUUUAAACCUGAUAUUACAUUUUCAAUUGAGAAAAUUAUUGAGAAACCCGCUGCAUUAGCAGUAUUUUCAGCAUCUGAAAAUUUAAAACCAGAAUUAUCAACUACUGAAAAUUUAAAACAAGAUUUCGUAACAGAAUUUUUAUUUUUUGAGGAUAAACAACAACAUGGACUUGAAGAAAAUCUUCAGUUUUCUAGGGACAAAAAAAAUAAAUUUGUUUAUUGUCAUCAAAUACUUUCUCAUAGUUCUAAUAUUAAUAUUCAUGAAAAUGUUCAUUCUGCAGAUAAGCCAUAUGAAUGUGAUGUUUGUCAUAAAAGGUAUUCUCAAAGUUCUCAUUUAAAAACACAUAAAAAAGUUCAUUCAGGAGAAAGGCCUCAUGAAUGUGAUGUUUGUCAUAAAAACUUUAGUGCAAAGAAGGGUCUAUUACGACAUAAAAUUAUUCAUUCUGGAGAUAAACCAUAUGAAUGUGAUGUUUGCUUUAAAAGAUUUACAGAUAGUUCUAAUUUAAGAACACAUAAAAAGGUUCAUUCAGGAGAAAGGCCUCAUGAAUGUGAUGUUUGUCAUAAAAACUUUGUGGAUAUGAAGGAUCUAUUACGACAUAAAAUUGUUCAUUCUGAAGAUAAGCAAUAUGAAUGUGAUGUUUGCCAUAAAAGGUUUUCUCAAAGUUGUAAUUUAAGUCAACACAAAAAAGCUCAUUCAGGAGAUAGACAACAUGAAUGUGAUGUUUGUCAUAAAAAGUUUACUCACAGCUCAAAUUUAAGGACACAUAAAAAGGUUCAUUCAGGAGAUAGGCCACAUGAUUGUGAUGUUUGUCAUAAAAAUUUUAAGCAUAAGAAGGGUCUAUUAAGACAUAAAAUUAUUCAUUCUGGAGAUAAACCAUAUGAAUGUGACGUUUGUCUUAAUAGAUUUAAAGAUUGUUCUAAUUUAAGAGCACAUAAAAAGGUUCAUUCAGGAGAAAGGCCUCAUGAAUGUGAUGUUUGUCAUAAAAACUUUAGUUCUAAGAAGGGUCUAUUACGACAUAAAUUUAUUCAUUCCGAAGAUAAACCAUAUGAAUGUGAUGUUUGUCUGAAAAGAUUUACAAAUAGUUUUUAUUUAGGAAAACAUAAAAAGGUUCAUCCUGGAGAAAUGCCUCAUGAAUGUGAUGUUUGUCAUAAAAACUUUGUGGAUAUGAAGGAUCUAUUACAACAUAAAAUUGUUCAUUCUGAAGAUAAGCAAUAUGAAUGUGAUGUUUGCCAUAAAAGGUUUUCUCAAAGUUCUUAUUUAAAUCAACAUAAACAAGCUCAUUCAGGAGAUAGACAACAUGAAUGUGAUGUUUGUCAUAAAAAGUUUACUCACAGCUCAAAUUUAAGUACACAUAAAAAGGUUCAUUCAGGAGAAAGGCCACAUGAAUGUGAUGUUUGUCAUAAAAGGUUUUCUCAAAGUUCUCAUUUAAGAACACAUAAAAAGGUUCAUUCAGGAGAAAGGCCACAUUAAUGUGAUGUUUGUCAUAAAAGGUUUUCUCAAAGUUCUCAUUUAAGUACACAUAAAAAGGUUCAUUCAGGAGAAAGGCCACUUGAAUGUGAUGUUUGUCAUAAAAACUUUAAGUAUAAGAAGGGUCUAUUACGACAUAAAAUUAUUCAUUCCAGAGAUAAACCAUAUGAAUGAUAUGUUUGUCUUAAAAGAUUUACAGAUAGUUCUAAUUUAAGAGCACAUAAAAGGGUUUAUUGAGGAGAAAAGCCAUAUGAGUAAAAUGUUUGACAUCCAAGGUUUUCUCAAAUUUCUUGUUUAUCUUCACACAAAAAAAAUUAUUAAAGAGACAAGCCCUUUGAAUUUUUAUUUGUCACAAAAAGUUUACUCAGAAGAAUAAUUUGUUAUGACAUAAGUGUUCUAAGAGAUCGUUUAUAAAUGACGUCACACACGU